AUGGUGAUCAGCUACUCUUCUACCAUGAUGGAGACGGCUGGAGUGGCUCCUUCGCACGGCGAAUAUUGCGUACUUGGGAUUGGCCUUGUUAACGUCUUAUUCACAGUGGUCUCGUUACCAAUGCUUGAGCGAUUCGGUCGACGCACUUUGCUUCUUUGGCCAACUGUAUCUCUGGCUAUAUGCUUGCUGGCGCUCACAAUCACUGUCAAUCUUGCCCAAACGUAUGCAAAGGAUAUUGUCGUCGGCAGGACAAUGGGCGUAAUCUCAGCUUGCUUGAUUUUUGCUUAUACCAUCAGCUUUGCUAUGGGUCUCGGCCCAGUUCCAGCUUUGAUUGUAGCUGAAAUAUUCCGUCAGGGCCCAAGAGCAGCCGCUUAUUCUGUUAGCCAGAGUUUACAGUGGUUAUCAAACCUGAUCGUUCUCUUCUCCUAUCCAAAACUUGAUGUAAGCAAUAAUUUAUAA